AUGGGUGCCCUCAGGAAGAUCAAGAACAAGCGCCGCACCAGAGACUAUGACCAGGUCAUUGCGGAUAUGAAGACUCCCCGUCACUUGGAGCAGUAUGUGAAGAGCAAGGAUGUAGAAGACCUGCCCGGUCUGGGCAAGAACUACUGCACAGAAUGCUCCAAGUGGUUUGAGAGCGACUACAACCUCAAGGCGCACACCAAGGGCAAGAAUCACAAGAAGAGAGUCAAGAUUCUGCGCGAAGAGCCUCACAGCCAACAGCUCGCCGAACGUGCGAUCGGACUGGGUUUAGUUGACAACGGCAAGCGAGGAGAAAACCCUGAUGUGAUGAAGGAAUAA